CUUUUCUUCUGUCCUGCUUCAUUCUCAAAUUUAAAAAUGCAAUAGUGAUUUGCAUCCCCAUACUCUCUUUGGGAAAGACAGAAGCUUGCUAUCUUCAAACGCAGGCACCAGUUCUCAAUUGACAAGUUCCAACCUAACAGCCUCGUGCGUCUCUCGUCUCCACGAGGCGGCACGCCCAGUCUCCACAGCCGCCUGUUUGGUUCGAUCCAUUACUCAACCUCGGAUCCAGUGGCACGAGCGGUCUUGUCAUGUGUAUGCGUACCCAGAGUCCCUAACCCAUGUGAGCAGGUGUCCCCGUGGGUCCGAGGGGCCGAAGAGCCACAGAGCCCAAGAACCAAGAACCAAGAACCAAGAGAGCCCCUCAGCCUCUGCUUCUCUGUUGCUCAUCCCCAGGCGUGACAGUGCCAGGCUAACUAAGCAACCCCCCAGUGACCCCCUCUACGCAUAGGCCAGACAUCCACUCGUCCUGGCCUUCGACCUCGUCUCUCCCCAUCGCCAUCCCCUCCACUCGGCUCCCGCCCACUCCUGGUCCGUCCAGACUGACUGCAGACGAAUACUAAUCCCGCAACCCCUGUUCGCCUCUGCCUCUGUGACGCCUUGGACUUGACCUCCCCCGUGGUUGCUGGCUGGAUCGCUGGUCACUGCGAGCCCGCUGUCGGCCUGCCAGCCAGUUGCACCUUGCGCCUUCCAACCUUGCAAUUCGCACCUACCUACUUUUACUCCGCAUUCUGCACCUGCCUUUUGCCCGCACUUGCGCAACUCACUUUGGUCACCACCUCCACCAUCAUCACCACCACCACUACCAUUACCACCUCGUCUCCUCCACCUCACGUCUCCAGCGACGCCUUGGUCGCGUCUCUCCUCUACGACACAUCUACUCAUCCUGUCGCAUCCCGUAUGCGCCAAUCACCCUGGCACUAUCCUAUUCAUUACCACCGUCCUCGCCGAGCUAAGCCCUCGUGCGUCCUCUAGUGCUCGAGUGAUGACUCGCACUUUUCACCUCUGAAAUACAUGGUCCUCAUUACGCCCAAACCCUCUCAACCUCAUCCCCCGAGCCUCCUACAACGAUACGCUGUACCAGCAUCAGCUUGUCCCCUUGUCACACAUUCACCACGUCGCACAACAUCCCACCUCGGUCGUCGCACCUUGCUGCGCCCACGUUCAAACCACCAACCAAUACUCCAGUAUCCUACCACGACCAUACCACAACUCCACUCCUGCCUCGAGGCAUAAAACGUCGGUCCUUUCACCCAUCUACCAAUCAUCCUGGUCUAUCCAACUAUCCCUGCUGUCGGUACAAGUCUGACAGUCACUGUUGCACCGCUGAGCAUCCCACCACCACCCACCACCAACAAGCUUGCUUUUAUGGGCUUUCACUUUCGGCCCAUCUUCCACCCAAUCCCGCAUUCGUCACUCACCGGUGUCACUUUUGGUCUCUGUACAUGCAAUCUUGCAUCCUGAAUGACUGAGCGAAAACCCCACUCCUCUUGAUGCACUGGCUAUAAUAAUCAUCCAUCAUGGCGGUAUCAGAUAAUGAGGAUGAUCGCUCUCGUUCCGGUUCGCCAGACGAAAGUGGAAACGAACGACCUACCGGGAAUGGUAACAUGUCUGAAGUCUCCAAAGAUCAGAAGCCAAAGCAGAACGGCACCCCGAAUGCAAAGGAUCCGUCGCGACCACGACGGAAGAAGGCUCGGAGAGCUUGCUUCGCCUGUCAACGUGCUCACUUGACCUGUGGUGACGAACGUCCAUGCCAACGAUGUAUCAAACGAGGUCUGCAAGAUGCCUGUCAAGAUGGCGUCAGGAAAAAGGCCAAAUAUCUUCAUGAUGCCCCCAACGAAGCUCUGUUGCCUGGUGUCGCGAACAAUUUCAACCAUCCAGCCAAGCGAUCAUCAACAGUUUCCGUCAGUGAGGCCUCUUCUCAGACACCAAAGGCUCAGCAACAGACUCCCCAGUCAUACUUUCAACAAUCCCAACAGUUCAACAACUUUCAGCAGCCCACACAGAUGCCUCCUCCUCUCCUCCACGAAAGGAGCAUGAGUACCACCAGCUUCACCCAGCAAUCCCCCAUCAGCACCAACUUCUCUGGGGUCGGAUCCCAAGUCACUCUACAAAGCCCAGUCGUUGGGACAGAUCACCUGGGUAACAACAACAUGAACAAUCCCGCCUGGAACAACGGCCUCUUUGACGAUCCUUCCAUGUUCAACUUUGACAUUGCCAGCAUGAAUUUUGGCAACCACUAUGGUGCGCUCGAGUUUGGCAUGCUGGGCCAUAUGGCCACUAACGCUGGCGAAACUCCACCAAGCGACACAACAACACACCGAGGUUCCAUGCAUCAACCCUAUCACAUGCCGCUCGGCAGUUUUAGUGAAAGUCCCACGGCUCAAUUCCAACAGUUUGGUGACCCUAUGAUGACGGAUUGGCCCAAUGGAGGAGAUGGUUAUGCUCAGCAUCGACACAUGGCACCUAACGCCUUUGCCAUUGAAGCUGGGGCGGCUCACUGGACCUCGCCCGACACUACUGGAACUCCCACCAAUGCCAUGAAGUUUGAGGAUUCGCCGUUGAUGACCAGCAAUGGCCUACAUAUGGGGCCAUCCACAUUGGAUCCGAGCCAGGUCGCUGGUCAAGACCACCGACCGCGUCUCCCACAGCCUCCACAAAUAUCGACCCCACAACUCAAAGCCAAGUCUCAAUUACCGAUCAAAUCGACCAAACGACCUCGAGAUCCUUCGGCGAUUUACACCAGCGUCACCAGCCCCCAUCCAUACACCACCGGUUUUCAUGCACUGAUAGCGUAUUUGCAAAAACGGUUUGCCACUCACCCAUCAAAGACGCUUUCCAUUGCCAAAUCUUUGGCCUCAUUUCGACCAUCAUUCAUCGCCACCACAAAGACAUUGAACCGCGAGGAUUUGAUUUUCAUGGAGAAAUGCUUCCAACGGACCUUGUGGGAAUAUGAAGGUUUUAUCGAAGGGGUGGGCACUCCGACCAUCGUAGCUCGGAGAACUGGCGAGGUAGCCGCCGUGGGCAAGGAGUUUCAAAUCCUUACAGGCUGGACCAAGAGCGUUCUUCUUGGCAGAAGUCCGAACCUCAAUGUUAACCGAGGUCAUUCAGGUCAGACUCCUGGGACCGGGUCUGGAACGAAUACAGCCAGACAAACAGGUUUCAACACCCCCACCCGAGGAGGUGCGUUGGACGAGAAUGGAGAAAAUCGAUUACUCCCGGUGUUCCUGGCCGAACUCAUGGAUGAUGACUCGGUGGUACAAUUUUAUGAGGAUUUUGCCCGGCUAGCCUUUGGCGAUAGUCGUGGCAGUGUGUCUGGAAAGUGCAAGCUUCUCAAGUAUCGAACCAAGGAUGACGAACUGGCGUCCAACCUGAAUGCCGAAGUGGAAGCACGAACCGAAGAUGGACAACGCGAUAAUCGAAGACAGGACACCAACAACGCGAUGCGCAAAGGAAAUGAUUUGAAACGAGACGGCAUCUCAGGCGAGAAGGGCAUGCAAAAGUUGGGAUCGGCGGAUGGUAAGGUGGACUGCACAUAUUGCUGGACGGUGAAACGGGACGUGUUUGAUAUUCCCAUGUUGAUUGUGAUGAAUUUUUUGCCUUGUAUAUAGGCUUUGGUCAAUCUUGAUGAUACGGAAAAGUUUACAAUUUGGGUUCAUGAAAACACCUCUAAGGAUAGGUUGGGAGGAAAGGAUUUGGGCAGGAUUUGAUCGUUACAGAGUUGUUUGGACUGCAAGAACCCCGGUGUGCAUGAUUGAUGGUUGACCGAGUUGGAGGCAGAUUUUAUGGCGCCAGUGAUGGGAGAAGCGGAGUGUUUCCAGGUCGACUCAUGGUCCAGAGCAAUCGAGAACAGACGGUGAGCAAUUGAAUAGAGCUUGCAGCAUUAUAAAGUGUGUCCAAAGCAAAGCGACAAGAUCAGACUUGAGCAGUUUGGACUUGGGGAUUCGCACAGGUGGCAUAGCUUCAGGUAGUUUGACUAGAUGAAUCAUGACCACUAUGGGUGUUGAGA